CCUUUAUUGCGACAGCUUCACUCACACCUCUCGUCAGCCUGAGAAUGCUUCUGCUUGAGUGUUGUAUCCUGUGCCUGGUUUUUUGGGCAUCAUUGGCCACCGCGAGCACCACAGCCACCACGAGAUGUCGAAUCUGUUUCAGCAAUGAAGAGACCUGUUACUUUUCAACCGUGGGCGACCACCACUGGUGGGAUGGCGCUGCAAAAGACUGCAGUCGUUGUCCAGCGUGUAAAGGGCGAGACACAUACACCAGAUACAGCACUGCAGAUAUUCUGGACCCUGGCAAGCACACCUGGGCCUAUGCUAUAGUUGGCACUGGAUGCCAUGCUAGCGGUGCCAACUGCAUAGAAUCCAGCUUGAACGCUUCCCAAUGCUUAAUUCUUUUGAAGAAGGAUGUGUAUUUACAUUUUGAGACUCUCGAACUCAUGACUUCCACCUCCCAGCUCGUGGUCGCUGACCUGAACCAUACGUCCACACGCUUGAUGCAUCGACUUGGUGACGAAGCGCAUGCACUUCAUUUCAAGAACUCUUGGUACAUCCUUUGGUUCAGCAUUCAGCCCAAGAUGUCCCGAUGGAAGAUGUGCAGUGGUUGCCCGCACGGAAGCACGAAAAGCACGAAGGCGGAAGGAACGCAUGAUGAGUUAUGCAAGUGUAAGGCCAAGGAAUUCACUUGUGUGAAGCGCAAGAAUGUCACUCUCAUGGGAUUGCAGCUUCCGCACAUCUAUGAUGUGGGCAACUGCCCUGACCGGGACUUGACGCCCAUCGAGGCAGAAACUCAAUGCAUUGCAAGAGAGAAGCGGACGACCUAUUUGGUGGCCAUCGCCUUAUCGGAUAUUUUCGCACUCUCCAGCAUGACGGUCUUGAGUUUUGCUGCUUGGAUGUUGCCAGCCGUUUUGAUGAUCUAUCUCCUUUCGACCUUUGUGUCGAUCUUGGUGGCGAUUUGCCAAGGGGCCGACCAGAGAAACUUGAGGCUCAGGAUCAAUGCCAUCCUUCGAGCCUCGAGUCAGGGAUGCGGCCAGACGGGCGCACGCGUGACCUUGGUGGUUUCCUCGCUUCUGGUGCUGCUGACCAUUCUUUAUGUCAAGUCUUGUGGGGACGAGGCUUCAGCGAACUUCUGGGUGCUGUUGGCCCUGAGGUUCUGGAUCAGCUCAGGAGUGAUUUACUGGUGGCACUUCCGCGUGGCGAAUGAAGUCAAUGGAGAUGAAAAGCAACUCUCAUGUUGGAGCUGGGGGUCUUUCCUUUGUUGCAUUGGCUGUCAAAACCCCUUGGGCUUGUGUUUGCCUUUGGGACUACAAACCAAGCGUGGAGAGAGCAGUGAUCCGAUGGUGAUGGCUGAAACAGGGGAAGCUAGCGCACCUGCUCUGCCUUGGGGUAUGUCGCGGGAUCUCCUGAGAGAGGAACAAGAGUACAUGCGCAGAUACCGUGAGCUUGUGGCGAACAAUGCAAAUCCUGACGAUGUGUCUGAACAGGCAGAUGUCAGCGCCGUGAUCAUGCUUGUGCUGGGAAGGUUUCUGGUUCAACAGCCAGGGGACAUCAAUGAUUUGCGCAAAAAGGUGCAUUUGGGACUAGUCGAGCUACUCCCUCUGCUUUACUUCCUGGUUUGGACGCUUCUGGCAGCUGAAAUUUCUUUCCUCCAUGCCGACUUUUUACCACCAAGUCCGCUGCCUCAGCAAGUGAAAGAGUUCAUCCCGCAGUUGGGGCACUAUGAUUUUGGAAGCAACCUUGGAAUCACCCCUGGCUGCUUGGCAGCACAUUUUACCAGUGUUGCAGCCAGCUGCCUGGUUGCAAGCAGAGUAGCAUCACAGCGUUUGCGUGAGUGGCUUUAUGCCUACGGCCCGCUGGAGCAGUGGCAAGCAAUGUAUCCCAAAGGCGAGGAGUUUCAGGAUGCGACCUAUGCCAGGUUUUCCAAGAAGGAAACGCAGAAGCUUUUAGCGCCAGAGAGGAAGACGUUGGAGAUCUGCGGCUUCCAACUGAACUCCCAAGCUGUGGCCCUCCCGCACAAGUCGGAGGUCUUCUUGAAACUGGGCAUCUAUGGGGUGCUUGGGCUGAGCAUGUUUGGGUUUCUAUGUGUCCAAGAGGAUCUCAGUGGACAUCUCACUCGCAUCCGAGAGAUUGUGAAUACUCUGGCAGAUUCACAGCUUAGCAAGACCAAGUCGGGCAUGCCGAAGUAUCAGCAAACUCCAUCUCAGGAUACAUACCUCAUGCCCAACUGGCCCACCCAGCAUCCUGAGCUCUACUACCUGGCCCUUUGGCUUCCAAUCUUUCCCCUUCGCCUCUUCAAUGCUAUUCUCUUUGGAGCUGAAUGUUCAUUCCUGGCACAGACCUCUGAGAGACUCUUUAAGAAGGUGGGCUCGGGGAAUGAGGGGAGGAUGCAGGUGAAAGAGCAGCUGGACAUCCUGAAGUGGAAGGUUCAGGACAUCUCGUCCGACUGGAGCUUGAUGCUGAAGUUUGGUGUAGUGCUGGACCUCAUGGCAGUCGCAACUGGGGUUUUGGCUGCAUGGCGUCUAUCGAGACGCUUUGACCAUGAUCCUAGCUUUGACCAAUAUGAUGAGUUCAAUGGCUUGCUGGUCGCCAACUGUUUUACCUCGCUGAUUGUGCUGACUGUGCAGAUUCUGCCAGUGAUCACUUGGAAUGCCUGCUUAGAGAAAGCUUUGAAGGAUAGUGACAAUGUAGAUCCUGUGCUGCACUUGUGGCUCUCACAAGGCUUCCUGAAGAUGAAAGUCUUUGGGCUGGCUCUGAGCUGGUCAUACUUUGUUGCUUUGGCUAUCGCGCAGCUGGCUUUGAUGAGAGAACCCAUCCAGGCGAUUGUGGUGCCUCCGCUGAUGCAAACGCUUGACUAAGGGAGGUUUUCUUGGACAAUUUCGGAGUCCAUCUUCGUGAAUUCGGGGCCAAAUGAGCCCAGGCCAGAACUGGAGGCAUGCAGGAGGAGCA